GCGCGCAAAUCCGAACCAGUUCUACUGGUGACGUCACGCGGCAAAAUCCCGCUCAACAUUCUCCUCCCCCAAAUCAGCCACAUUUCGGCGCUUUUUGACGGAAAACCAAGCGCUGAUCGCGUGUUUUGUGGACCGGGAAAGUUUCCGAUGUACUUCUGUGUGAGUUUUACAGAGUCUCGGAUCUACGAUCAGGGCUAAUUUCGCCAAGAUGUCACGACACAGAUACUGCAGCUACGUAGACGACACCGACAGUGACCUGUCACAGAACGACCACGAUUACGAUAUCUCUUCAAUCCGUGGAGGCAAGCGACUGGGAAGCAAGACUCGCUGGACCAAGGAUGAGGACGAGGCCCUGAGACAAGUGGCCAUUGACCAGGGGUCAGAUGAUAUUGAUUGGAAGGUGGUUGCUAAAAGCUUUCCAGACAGAAGUGACGUCCAGUGUCAACAUAGGUGGGAAAAAGUCUUGAACCCUGACCUUGUCAAAGGUCCCUGGACCAAGGAAGAAGACGAGAAGGUCGUUGAACUUGUGAGAAAGUACGGGCCCAAGCGCUGGUCUCUCAUCGCCAAGCAUCUGAAGGGGCGCAUUGGCAAACAGUGCAGGGAGAGGUGGCACAACCACCUGAACCCAGAGAUCAAGAAAUGUGCAUGGUCUGAAGAGGAGGACAGGAUCAUCUAUGAGGCGCACAAACGUUUAGGAAACAGAUGGGCAGAGAUCGCCAAACUUCUGCCGGGAAGGACCGACAAUGCCAUAAAAAACCACUGGAACUCCACCAUGCGGAGGAAGUAUGAGGCAGAGGAAGGUAUCACACAGCCGUACCGCCGGCGCAACUCUGGCUCCUCCAUGUACUACCCCCUAUCCCACAACCACAUGUCCUACCCAACAUACUACCCACCCCCGCAGCAGGACGUGCAACAGCCCAUGCACCAACAAGACCAGAUGCAGGCCCAAGGAUACAUGCAGCAGCAGCAGCCCAUGUACAUGAACACAGGAGACUGUAGCAUGGUGCCCCCUGGUGACCACAACAUGCAACAGCAGCACUACCCAGCUGACAGCAUGUCCCAGUGGAACAGUGAUGUGGUAGAUGGCAUGAUGGGGGUGGGGAUGUCCAACGGCAUGGUGCAGGGUACCGAAGACCCAUCGCCAACCAAAUGGAUUGUGUAUAACAUGGAUAACGAUGUUAUCAACGCUCUGCACGCAGCCAUCGUGUCCCCGCUGCGCUCCGUGCCGGAGUUUACGGAGACUCUGCAGAUGGUUGAUGCGGAGGGGGAAGAGUGGGACCAGGACUUCGGGCAGCUGGAGCUGAUCGGUGACAUGGCCAUCAACAGGACAGCAGAGAGGGAACAAGUCAGACAUCUUCCUGCAGAGGGCAGCACAGAAUACAGGUUUGAUGGGCGUGCCAUCCAGGGUUUGGCUAAGGAGACACCAGGAAAGAGUGGAGGUCUGAUCCCGAUCACGUCUCCCAUCACUUCCAAGUUCACCACACCUCCCAUCCUGAGGAGAAAACGCAAGAAGCAUAACUCCCUCAGCACCUCCACCAUGUCUAACGACAGCACCCUGACCCCCUGUAAGGAGGCAGACAACACUCCACAGAGAACACCCAUCAAGCCUCUGCCAUUCUCACCUUCUCAGUUCCUGAACACCCCUGACAUCAACGCAGAGGUGCUGACGUCCACCCCGAUCUGCAGCCGUGCCCCCACCAGCACCACUCCAGUCAGUGGGCCACUCAACACUCCUGCAACCAGCACUUCUAUCAUGGGCUUGGGCAAAGAGAACAAGGAUGCACAGGAAGUGUUCCGAACCCCCCUGAUGAAGCGUCGGCUGAUUGACAUGACACCCAGAACACCCACUCCGUUCAAGGACGCACUCGCUGAGCUGGAAAAGAAAGGAGGAAAGCUGAAGAAUCUGCCUGUGACCCCGGGUCAUAUCGAGAAGGACCUGUCAGAGGUCAUCAAACAAGAGGACGGUGGGAAAUACAGCGAGCUCUUCUGCAACAACGAAACCCCAGACAGGAAAAGGAAGACUGAGAACCCAUCCCCAUCCAAGAAGGCACGGAAGUCACUGGCCUGUCUGGAGAACUGGGCACCAGAUAUUGUUGAUCAGGAUACCGCUAUGGAAGCCAUGAUGGACACACCGAUGAAGAAUCUUCUGUCAGAAGUGUCUCUGCUGUUCUCCCCACCCGCGGGGUCCAGAGUGGAGGGAGGGAAGGACGUUCAGCUGGCAGACACUUCCCUGGGGCUGAACAAUGCCUUCAACCUGCCGUCUUCUCCCACCAAGAUGAAGCUGCGGUCAGCCUCAAAACGACACGUCCAUUUCCAGGAGACCCCUGUGCAGACCCGACAGACAAGCAAAGUAGUCAAGCUGGACACCAGAUACGAGCAGGUGGCCUGUGGGAAGACGGCCGACCAACAGUUACUCAUCCAACAGGCACGAGCCAUCAUGCAGUCCUGCAAACCACGGGCACUCAAACUCUGAGGGAACGCAAUCAUCAGUCGGCUCUCUGUGUCAUCAUUCAAAAGAUGACUAACAUCUACAGCAUUUUCCAAUCUGAUCAAUAACAGUCCUACUGUGGGCAAUCACUCUGUAGAUUUCCAACAAGUAGCCAUAGUCACAAAGAAUCGAUCACCUGCAAAGGAAAGCUAUAUUAGAAAAUGCCAGUGGCUGAGAAAAGUUUUAUUGAUAGCUAUUUGUCUACCAGUCAUCUCUUACAAACUCAAAGCCAUUCCUACCAUAACUUGAUCAACAGUCAACCAAUGAAAACUUGCAAGUCAUAAAACAUUAACCAAUCACAUUGCAGGAUUUAUACAGAUCUGGCCAAUCAGAAUGAGGGAGUGUUUCCCACAUUUCUGUCUCAGUUGACUUGUCUAGAAGGGAGAAUUGAACCCUUGUUAAAUGUGUGUGAUUCAUUGGCCUUCAUGUGUAGUUGCAAUGUUUUCCAUUUUAAAAAUCCAUCCAUUUGGCCAGUGUGUAGUUUUAUUCUUGUUGAAACUGUUGUGUUACUUUCUGUGUGAUGUUUAGAAAUACUACAUGGAUAUGACUUUAUGAGAGAUAUCUUUUGCCACUGCCAUUUUAGUUGAAAGGUCUUGGUCUUCUUGUCAUUAAGAACAUGUCUAAUCAUGUUUGCAAAUUUAUCCCAAACACUUCUGCUCAAUAUAUCAUAUGGUUGUCUUGCAUGGAAGGACUACUAGUGUUGUUGUAAACUCAUGUAACAUGAUGUCAUAACUGUAGAAAAGUUGCUUUGUACUUGUUCUGUGCAGAAAACAUUUAACAAGCCUUACAAUGUUCAUCAACAGCCUAAUAUUUUAAAAGCCAAUGCAAAAUGCUUGAUUUUUGGAUAAGGCCAAACACACAACAGAAAUAGUUUCACUGUUGCUUUCUAGAAAAUUUAUUGUAAGCUGAAAUUUAUGUUAGAGAUGGUUGAUACAUUUUGUACCUUGUACUUAACACUAGCUGCUGGGUUUGUAUGUAUUACUGGGUAGAAUUUGACAUUGUCAGUGGUAACAUUACCUAGCUUUCUUAUACACAUUACAAGCACUGAGCACCAUUUGUCUGGGGUUUACAGGAAGAAUAUGCACUGGAUACAAGAAGUAUGGCUUGACUGCGCACAGAGCACCAGGAAUAGGUGUAAUUUCCAGUGAACGGGUCUAACGAAAGGGAAGAGGCAAAAGAUUGUAUUUAAAUGGUUGUUGCAGAAAUUAGUAUGUGAAGUAAAUGUAUAUAUUAUCAGUACAGCAUACGAAAUGAUAAAUAGAGUUGAACUAAAACUGUGGAGGCACAGUUGAUACUAUGUGAUUUCACGGUUUGUCGACAACUGUCUUGCUCUUAUGUACAGUAGAGGGAGUGGUGGUACAAUGUGUGUGAAAAUGUGCGUUUUCGAGGUAAAUUACAAUAUCCAUAUGGAGACAAUUCUGGACUUAUGCUUUUCAAAAAUGAAUUAUUCAAUCUUAAGGCACAUAAAGCCUUUUCUUUAAAUGUAAACUUGAAAGGCAUGACUUAUCUGAAUUAAUGGGAUAUUGAUAAGAUUAUAUACUAAGACUAGUGUAUACAUCAGAAGUACAAAAGCAUGCAGAAGAUGACAAAGUAACAAGAGACCCAACAUGCCCAGAAUUGUCUUGUACCAUGAUAUUGCUGUGCCUUAAUCUCUUCUCAUGUCUCUCACCUGAAAUUAACAGAUAUUUUGAAGAGCUGUCUUUGCACUUAAUGGAGAAACAUGUUCCAUUUUAAUAUUCCUGUGAUAAAAACAAAUUGUUGUUUGUGUACAAUUAUUGUAAAAAAAGUAUGUUUAUGUGCAGCAUUGACAAUAUCUGUAAAGGUAAAAGAUACAGUCAAUCCUCAGUUGCAUAGAAACUACUGUUAUUUGCUGACUAAGGGCAAAACUGCAGGCAUUUAUUAAGUCUAUUAUAUUGCUGCUCAACAGUCUAUAUACUACUAGGUAAAUCCAUUUUUACCUUCCAAGUAACUGAGGUUUUACUGUAACUUGUGUGUUUUGUUGUAUUUGGUUCAUAUUUUGAAACAUAAUGUCCACCAAAGUAUGUCAGGACUUCUGCAUCUAAAAGGUUCACAGAUUUUUUUGUAACAAAACAUUCAAAUUUGGAAAGACCCCCCUCACAUUCAAGGACCUGUCUUUGCCGUUCACUGUAUUUAUCACAAAAUCACACCCUUUGGUUAAACAGUUAAUUUUUGGCUACACCUACCAAACCUUUGAAUCCUAAAAUUAGUCUGACUCCCAAUGUUUACUCUGAACUGAAAGUGCAGAAGUCCUUUCUUGAAGAUGGGAAAUUUAAAGAAAGUAAGUUUGCUUGACCACAUUUUCUUCACUUUAACAGUAAGGAGUGUUGUAGCUUAAACAUCACCCCUAAUAAAUUGUGCAGUUCA